CCCCGCGCCCUGCUACAACGAGCGGAGCAUAUGGUUAGCAAACGCCUCAGAUUGAACUUUCCUGCUGAAUGUCAAGAAAAAGAGUGGAGUGUACUGGGCUGUGGAUCGAGAGGUGUGCAUGAAGUACACCAGCACAGUCCCUGACAAUGACCUGACCAUCACACUGCAUCACUGGCUCCCUCACAGGGUCACCUUACUGAACACACCAUGAAUGACAAGCUGGUCUUCUUGGGCCUGUUGUACUUCGUACAGGGCAUUCCCUACGGCCUCCAGUCUUCACUACUUCCUGUUUACCUGCGAGGAGCUGGCCAUUCUCUCACCCGCAUCAGCUUUACCAAAAUCCUCUACUUUCCCUGGGUUCUCAAGGUCCUGUGGGCUCCUCUUAUAGACCGCGUUGGCACAAAGCGCCGCUGGAUUGUCGGGACUGUGUCUGGUCUCGCCCUCACAUGUGCGUCCAGUGCUGCUCUUGCCCCAGAGGCGCACAUAUGGGGAGUAGCAGCUACGCUCCUGGCCAUGAACACCCUGGCUUCAGUCCAGGAUAUAGCUGUAGACGGGGCAGCUGUGAGUUUGCUUAAAGGUCGUGGGGAGCUUGGUCUUGGGAACACAGCCCAAGUGGUUGGCUACAAAGCUGGCUCCGUGUUCGCUGGAGGUGGCUUGUUGGCUGUCAUCGAUGUAGCGGGAUGGGGCUGGAUGUUUGUGCUGCUCAUGUUUGUCUAUGCAGGUGUUGCUCUGUUUGUGUUGGGAGCCCCUGUGUUGGACGAGGAGACUGUAAAGGGGCAGCCAGCAGAUGGCAGCAAGAGGGCAGCAGAAGCUACAAAGCCAUGGAGAGUGUGGAGAAAGAUGCUUGCAGUACCUGGCACCCCCUGGACCAUCCUGUAUGUGCUAACAUACAAACUUGGUGAGCAGGGUGCCGUCACCAUGUUCCCUCUCUUCUUGUUGGACCAUCACAUGACAGCCCGGGAGCUGGGCUUCUGGAAUGGUAUCAUCGCUAUGGGAUUCUCCAUCUGCGGCUCGUCUCUGGGAGGCCUGCUGCUCGCUCAGUUCAGCAUCGGGGCUCUGAUGCGACGCGUGUUUGUGUUGAGAACCGUCAGCAUGGUCUUCCAGAGCUCACUGCUCACUGUGCUGGAGCCAUCACCUCUCAUGAAAGGUAUGGCUGUCCUCAGCAUGAGCGUUCAGCACUUCCUGGGUGGCCUCAUCACCACUCUUACUUUCACUACCAUGAUGCAUUGCACUCAAAGGGCUGAGGAAAGCAUCCAGGCGACACACUACAGUUUCUUGGCAACAUUGGAGGUGCUGGGGAAGCUGACGUUCAGUGCUUUGGCUGGGGGAGUGGUGGACUGGUUUGGUUUCCAAGUGGCCUUCCUCUUCUUCCUCACUCUGUCGGCCGCUACAGCUCUGCAUGUGUGGACCGCCACGUUCACCGGAGCUCUCAGGGAACACCAGCUAAAAGACCAGCCGAAAUGAACAGAGGGGCUAUAUGCUGGUCUCAUUCACCCCACUUGAGUCCUCGAGUGGGAAUUAGCCAUGCCAUUCACAUCCUUUGUUUGGGGAUGGCCAUAUUUAUUUGUAUACUUUACUGCACAAUUAGCACAAUUCCUCAUCUCCCUGGCCUUAUUUAUGAGCGAGUGACAUGCAGGCUGAGUGUUUGUCUAGGCAAGUGCAUAAAGAGCUAAUGUAUUUAUUUUGAUGAAAGAGAAAAUUGCUUGAGUUUAAUAGUAGCACUCGGCUCUAGUCUUAAGAGUGAAAGGUAUAAAAGCUGUUUUAUCCACUGAGCCAUUUUAUGUUUUAAAACGCCAGCAAUAAGCGGGCAACAGCAAUAUGGCUACUCUCAGAUGUUUGUUUUAACACGUCGUACUGUAAUAUUGUCAUGUUGUACGGUUUACAGUGAAUUGCUGCUACCUCACACAAUCAGUGGAUGGUACAAUACACUGUACCAGGGGUGAUGGUGUGGUUGCUAUUUGAUUUGAUGGCAACAGUGUGGAAUUAUUGUACAUGUAUGAAAUAUGGAGCUUAGGAAAAGCCUUGAGUAGUAGCACUGAUUAUUUUUAGAGGGCUUAAACGGAACUAAAUGGCCCAAGUUAGUUUUUGUGGAACAUUCAUAGGUAUAUUAACUUGCUGAUCAAAAAGUAAAUGUCUUAGUGCCACUAAUAAUGGCAAAAAACCCUACUUCUAGUUACCUCAAAAUCUUCCUUGGGCUCAUUUGGUUCUCACAUUUCAAUAUAUUAUGCUUUAUUACAUGCGUCACUCAAUGCAUUUUAUCUCUGCCUUACAUACUGCAUGGUGCCAUUAUCCAUAACACUUAAUUUACUGCUGAAAAUAUGACGACGCACAGUUGAACUUCUACUCUGCUAUACUACAGGUACUAUGCUGUAUAAAUUAGUACCGGGCUGGGCUAUAAAUGCUACUUCAAAUGUGAUGCUUUUACAGAGAGAAUUCUGAAUGUAAAAGAGGUAUACUCUCAAUUUGAAUGGGAGAAAAAACAAGCCCCAACUUUGAGUUUCGCUGUGGUGCAGUUGCAGGUCACUUUUCAUCUUAAUGGCUGCUGUAAAUUGAACAUUAAAUUUAGCAGCUAAUGUAUGUACUGUACUGAACGUGAGGGUAUGUACAAAGCACAUUUCUUAUGUAUCUCUUAUGAAGGAUUUCUUGAGAUUCACAAACUAGUGGGAGCAGGCUUCACAUCUCUACUGGUAAAAAAAAUACAGAUGGUAGGUUUAAGCCAUAACAUUAAUAUGGCAAGUUAGUGAGAAUUUCUGACAACCAGUAAGGUUUAGCAUUUGUGGAUCUUUUGGAUAUUUCUUUCAAAACCAGUUAAACACCCCUAGAGUUACAUAGGCCCCUGCUCUCGAUCUGAAAUUAUGACAUCAACCUAUUCAGUAUAAAAUACUAUUUUGAAUCUGGAAACUGAAAAAAAUCUUCCAAAAAUUGCGGCUGAAUUAGAGCGUCUCUGCCCCUGGAUUGGUCACAUUUUUCUCCCCACAUCUUAAUCUGUCAAUAUGUUGCUUGGACUGCAGACUGGAAAAACAGGGUUUGAGAUGUGCUGUACCUUGUUAAAUUUCUCAGAUCCACUAUAAAAUUUCACAUUUGGCUGGAUAAUAGACAGAUGAUGCCAUGAAAUCACUGCUGGUCAUUAUGCAUUUUGUGGUUUACUGGACAGGAGAGUAGGCCACUUGCAGACGACUUCCCUUGUGAUGUGCGAAGCACAGAAAUAAAGCUUAACUGUCAACUUCAAAA